GGAGUUCUUAAGAAGAUUGUCAUAUACAUGCGAUGAUUCGUGUGCCUCGUCUACCAUUUUAUGUAACAAAUUAACAUUAAAGCAAGUCAAUACAUUUUCGUACACAUAAUGAACAGUGGCUUUCUUCUUCUAUGACUAUUAAUCAUGUUAGUACAACUAACGAAAAACCUGCGGAUUCGAGUAUGGCUACAACAAGUACAGCGAAAUCCGCGGAGUCAAAAAAACGUGGUCGAUCAUCUAUGAAGUUCGAGGAAGCAAGUAAUCGAACCAAGAGAAGAAUAGCCACUGACUUACAUAAAUCACAAAGCACAUUAGAAUUAUCGUUGGCUACUGAAAUGAGCUUUUGUUCUUCUGAAGCCUCUAAUGCUGCCAGUAUUGUCAAAGAAAUUACAACAACGUUAUCAACGCGAGCUGAUAAAUACAGAACAACAUUAAAAUUAUCUGCAACUUCUCGUAUUACUACAAUGUCUGGCGAUUCUGCGCUUUCCGAUGUCAUUGAAGGAAAGUUAUCCAAACAUCAGUACUUACUUAUUAGAAAAUCAAUGAAAAAACAUAACGCUCUUACAUAUCCCGCUUACGAAAAAAUUUUAGAAGCUAAAGUUUGAUGUUACCCAAAAGAUAUUCAGAUAACUGAAACUCGUGCGGAAGUCAAUGUACAGGCACUCUUAAAUCAUACAUCCGAAAGAAUUUUACAGGUUCAAAAAGAUACCAUAAAAACAUUAUUUCCAGAAAUUCUAAAAAAUGCAAAGUUAAUUUUAAAAUGGGGGUACGAUGGGCAAAGCGAGUGCAAACAAAAAUUUAUUGAUGAAAAUAGCACGGACGCUAAUGUAUUUAUUACUUCGUUAGUUCCAUUGCAACUGGUUUCCACAGAUAAUUUUAAAAAGGAAGUAGUGAUAUGGAAAAAUCCGACGCCUUCGUCAUCUCGUUUUUGUAGACCUAUAAGGCUACAAUUUUUACACGAGAAUGUAGAGUCUAUUUUAAAUGAGAAGAAAUAUAUUGAAGAUCAAAUUGCGUCUCUUCUUCCUUUUGAAAUUAUUUAGGACAAAAGAGAAGUAAUAAUACAUUACGAAAUGAUUUUUACUAUGAUUGAUGGCAAAGUAUGUAACGCGGUAACAUCUACUAAAUCAUCUAUGCGCUGUUAUUUGUGCGGAGCAACGUCAAAACAAUUUAAUAACCUUGAUUUAAUAAAACAUAAAGAAAUUGACGUUUCUAAUUUACGUUAUGGAUUAUCAAUUUUACACGCAUGGAUCCGUUUCUUUGAGUAUUUGCUGCACCUUGGAUAUAAACUUGACAGUAAAAAAUGGCAAGCACGAUCAACAGAAGAGAAAAAUGCAAUCGAGAAUCGGAAAAAAAUAAUUCAGAAGGGAUUUAAAACACAGCUAGGUCUUCUUGUGGAUCGUC